UAUCACAAGAAUGCCUAAAUACCCUAAAACCCUAAACCGACCCUAGAACCCCAAAUUCCAUCUCACACGCCAGAAAGCUACCUUAUUCACUCCACCUCCACCACUCCACCACCACCACAAGAAAUGGCAAGCCUAAUACCUGAAACCACCAAAAAACUCUUCACCGCAGAAAACCUCCGCUCUGCCACCAAACAAUCCGACCGCUGCCUCAUCGUCCCCGUCCGCCUCCGUCGUGCCAUCAAAAAAUACCUCCGAGAGCAAGAAGAGCCACACAUGAAGAAAAAAGUUUUAAGACUAUCAGAAUCAUUCAGCGAUAUCAAAGACAAAAACAUGAUGUUAGCAAUUAAUACUUCAAAGGAGCUAGUUGAAGAUCCAUUUAAGUCUAUGGAGAGGUCUAAGAGAUGGAAAAUUAAGAGUUCUUAUGGCGACAUUGGACUUAGUUAUAGAGAUGAUGAGACCAUUGCUUAUGUUGCUUCUCGUAUGCCUGCUGUUUUCUCUGCUUGCUAUAGAGUCCUCAGUGAAGUUAGGAGAAGGUUACCGGGUUUUUCUCCUACUAAAAUUUUGGAUUUUGGAGCUGGGACUGGUUCAGCUUUCUGGGCAAUAAGAGAAGUGUGGCCAAAGUCAUUACAGAAGGUAAAUUUAGUGGAACCAUCACAGUCUAUGCAGCGUGCCGGUAGAAGUCUUAUACAAGAUUUGAAGAAUUUGCCACUUAUUCAUAGCUAUAAUAGCCUUCAAGACUUGAGUAAAAGUAUUCGCAAGUCCGAGAGGAAACAUGACCUUGUAAUUGCUUCCUAUGUUCUGGGGGAGAUACCAUCAUUGAAGGACCGAAUUACUAUAGUGCGCCAGCUUUGGGAACUUACGGGGGAUGUUUUGGUUUUAGUUGAGCCAGGUACGCCACAUGGAUUUGGUAUCAUAUCACAGAUGCGAUCUCACAUACUAUGGAUGGAGAAAAGGAAAUGUGGUAAAGCUGAAGGGAAAAUCAAUGAACCUUGUAAGGAUUUGGUGCCCUACAAAGGUGGUGCAUUUGUAAUUGCUCCUUGUUCUCAUGAUGGGAGCUGUCCUUUGGUGAAAUCUGGAAAAUACUGUCAUUUUGUUCAGCGGUUGCAGAGGACAACAUCACAGCGAGCAUACAAGCGUUCCAAGGGUGAAACUUUACGUGGAUUUGAGGAUGAGAAGUUUUCCUUUGUCGCUUUCAGACGAGGACAACGACCCCGAAAACCUUGGCCUCUUGAUGGCAUGAGAUUUGAGACUUUGAAGGAGCAGCAUGCUAAAAGAAAUCCAGUAGAUCUAGAGAUUGAUUAUGAGGACUUGAUUGAGCAAAAUCAACCCGAGGAGGAGGUUCCAUAUGAAGAGGUGGACCCAGUUUACUAUGAUUCUGAUGUCAUUGAAACUGACACCAAUGAUGAUAAUGACGAAGAGGAGCAAGAAGAAGAAGCACAUGCUGAUCUUGGGGGAGGCUGGGGAAGGAUAGUUUUCUCACCUUUUAAGAGAGGCAGGCAGGUAACCUUGGAUGUUUGCCGAUCAAACAAUCGUGAUAACUCAGAGGGCUCUUUUGAACGUAUAGUUGUCACGAAGAGUAAAAGUCCUGCUUUACAUUAUCAGGCACGAAGAUCUCACUGGGGUGACUUGUGGCCAUUUUAAAGCAAAAUGACCCCUGCAUUUUCCUAGCAACUGCUCUUGUACGUUGAAAACAUGUAAAAUUAGAUGCCUGCGUAUAUAAGUGUCUUUUCACCAUAUGAUUUUGUUUACUUAAUCGCCUCGAAGGCUGGGAUAAAUGGUAUUCCAUACAAGAAACUUGCGAUUGUAGCAUUUUUAGUGGGAAUUAUUUCCAUGAAGUUGAAAACAGAAAUAAGAGCAGCCCCCCUCCCUUUUCCCUUAAGAA